AAUAGCAUUAAAUCAAUCACCAUGUCCGAAUCAGCCGAUGUUUUAUAUGAAGUCAGAGAUAGAACUGCAAUUAUCACCUUAAAUAUUCCCAAGAGGUUAAAUGCCCUUAAUGGAGAACAAUAUUUACAAUUGGGUAAAUUUGUGGAAAGAGCUAAUGAAGAAGAAGAUACUGUUGCUACUAUAAUUCAAAGUACUGGUAGAUUCUUUUCUGCUGGGGCCAAUUUCGCUGAUAAAAAGUUACAAGAAAUUGAUGCUGAGACUUUGUUCAGUCAUGAAUAUUGGUUAGAAAGAUUUGUUGCCAGAAAUGUUUGGUUAACUAAUGUUUUCAAUAACCAUAAGAAAAUCUUAGUAGCUGCUGUUAAUGGACCAUGUAUUGGAUUAAGUACAGGAUUGUUAUUAUUAUGUGACUUGGUUUAUGUUAAUGACAUAAACAAAUUUUACUUGUUGGCACCUUUUGCCAAUUUAGGUUUAGUUGCUGAAGGUGCAAGUUCAGCCACUUUAUUUAUGAGAUUGGGUUGGUCCAAGGCCAGUGAAGCUUUAUUAUUAGCAAAACCAAUUUCUGGUCAAGAUUGUUACAAUGUUGGACUUAUAAAUAAACAUUACGAAGGUAAAUUCAAAACAACUGAGGAGUUUAACCAACAAGUUUUUAAGGAUAUUUAUGAUGCUUUUGAAAACUUACAUGAGGAUUCGAUUUUCCAAAAUAAGCAAUUGUUGAAACAACAAAGAGAUGUUUACAUCAAUAAUGCUAACUCGAACGAAGUUCAAAGAGGUUUAGGUAAAUGGUUAGAAGGCGUUCCUCAGACCAGAUUUGCUCAAUUAGCCAUGAAGGAAGUUAAACAUAAGCUUUAGAUAUUUGCUACAUAGUUCACAAUAUAGUCUUGAUUUUUUU